ACGCAUGCAUGCGAGAGUGCGUUGCAUAUAAGGAGCCCGUAGUCUUGCACUGGUAAUCCUGCAUCCUUUCCAAAAGUUAGCCAUGGAUCCCCUAUACUGGCUCGUGGAGCUGCUCUCCCUCCUCUGCUGCUUCAUCUUCUACUACCGCCACCUCCAAUCCAAGAAAAUCAGCAAGAGGGAGCCAACGGAAUGGCCGGUACUGGGCCAUCUCUUCGGCAUGAUCGCCCACAAGAACGACUUCCACGACUGGGCCACGGGCAUCCUGGCCGGCACGCGCUACAACUUCGAGGCCCGUGCCGGGGUCACCGGCGUCCGGUUCUUCGUCACCUGCGACCCGGCCAACGUGCGCCACAUCUUCACCUCAAACUUCGCAAACUACCCGAAAGGCGACGAGUUCGCGGAGAUCUUCGACGUCUUCGGCAACGGCAUCUUCAACGCGGACGGCGAGUCCUGGCGCCGCCAAAGGGCGAAAUCCCAGCUUCUCAUGGCAGGGCCACGUUUCCGGGCCUUCUCGGCAGAGUACAGCCGCGACAAGGUGGAGAAGAGCCUCCUGCCUUUCCUCGAACACGCUGCGGACGCCGGCACGGCAUGUGAUCUGCACGAUGUUUUCCUGAGGUUAACGUUCGACAUGACGUGUAACCUGGUCUUCGGGGUCGACCCCGGGUGCCUGGCCAUCGGGUUGCCCGAGAUCCCCUUCGCGAGAGCCAUGGACGACGUGCUGGAGACGCUCUUCCUCCGGCACCUCAUCUCGCCCGCCUGCUGGAAGCUCAUGUACCGGCUGGAGCUCGGCCCGGAGAAGAAGAUGGCCGUGGCUCGCAGGACCAUCGACCGCUUCGCCGCCGAGACCAUCGCCAAGCGCAGGGCCGACAGUCACGAGACGUCUGCCGCCCACGGCGCAGACAUGCUUUCCUCCUUCAUCGGCCAAGACGACCACACGGGCGAGUACAGCGACGAGUUCUUGCGAGACACCACCGUGAACCUCCUGCUAGCCGGCCGCGACACCACGGGCGCCGCGCUAGCUUGGUUCUUCUACCUCCUCUCCCAGAACCCGCGCGUCGAGCAGAAGAUCCUGGCCGAGCUCGCGCCGAUCGCUUCCCAGAAGAAGAAAGCCAUGGACGGCGAUGGUGACACGGACACUGGCAACAUGGUGGUGUUCGACGUGAGCGAGCUGAGCAACAUGGUGUACCUCCACGCGGCGCUGUGCGAGUGCCUGAGGCUGUACCCGUCAGUGCCCUUCGAGCACAAGGCGGCAGUGGCCAGCGACGUGCUCCCGAGCGGGCACGAGAUGAAGGCCGGCGACAAGAUCCUCAUCUUCUCCUACUGCAUGGGGAGGAUGGAGGGCGUGUGGGGAAAGGACUGCGCGGAGUUCAGGCCCGAGCGGUGGGUGAGCGAGGACGUCGACGGGAAGAAGAGGCUGAGGUACGAGCCGUCUUACAAGUUCAUCUCCUUCAACGCCGGGCCCAGGACGUGCCUCGGCAAGGAGAUGGCCUUCGUGCAGAUGAAGACUGCUGCCGCGGCCGUGCUGUGGAACUUUGUGGUCCGGGCGGUUCCGGGCCACGUCGUGGAGCCUAAGCUGUCCAUCAUACUUCACAUGAAGAACGGGCUCGCCGUCACGGUCAAGAGGAGGACCGGACUGCAUGGUGGCGCCUAAGCUAGUUUCUUGACUGGAACGUAUAGGUACGUAUGUACGUACGUGGACGACACGUCUCGGCCAGCCGCAAGAAGGUAUACGGGCGUAGCUACACGUAGCAGACACGUACAUGCAACGUACGUAUAGAAAUGUGUGUACUCAUAAGUGUCACGUAUACGUGCUAGUUAAUGCUGGUUCAUUCUAUCGGAAUAAAACAAAACGUAGACGUGUAGUGUGUGUGUAGUGUUUACUUAAGUGUGUGUUUGUGUUGUGAUGCAAGCUGUGUGCAUGUGCAUGUGUAGCACGCGUGCGUGCUCCCCUGGAAUAGAUAAUGGACGUAUGGGCAUAUAUACAUGUACGUAUAUAGAUCUAAUAAUGUUCUAUAUACAGGUUGGCGGUGCAUGUAUAUGUUUUGUUUAGCUUGCACUGUAUGUAUGUUUCUUUACAAACCAUAUACUGCGUAUAUAUCUGCGGAAGUUCCAGUA